UUCUUUUCCUUGAAGCAGUUCGAUUCGGGUUUUUCCAGUCGAUCACUGAAGUGUUCGGCAUUUAUUUAAAGGUCUGAAUAUAAGAGCGGAGAUUCUAAACUGAGGAGACUUGAACCUCCAUCUUCCUCUCGCCAACAGAGAGCCGGUCACUGAAUUCCGGGCGGCUGUGAUCCCUGUGCACUUCAGGAACACCUGAACCUUUAUGUGUUUCUGCAUACAGUGCUGACAUCUGAUUCUACGUUCAGGUAUUCCCUCUGCAGGAAUGCAUUUGGCAGCGCUUCUGUUGGGCUCUGCGCUCGCUGUGGCUACCUUCGCCCUCGACAAUGGAGUGAUGAGGACCCCUCCUAUGGGCUGGUUGGCAUGGGAACGAUUCCGCUGUGACAUUGACUGUGAACACGACCCCAAGAACUGCAUCAGUGAGAAUCUGUUCAUCGACAUGGCAGACAGACUCUCAGAGGAUGGCUGGAGGGAACUUGGAUACGUCUAUGUGAACAUAGACGACUGCUGGGCUUCCAUGGAGAGAGACGAGAAGGGACGACUGCAGCCUGACCCUAAAAGGUUCCCAGGAGGCAUCCCUAAACUGGCACGCUACAUGCACGAUAGGGGUCUCAAGCUGGGGAUCUACGGGGACAUGGGCACACACACCUGUGGGGGCUACCCUGGCACCCCACUGGACAAGAUCACAAUAGACGCUCAGACCUUCGCAGACUGGGGGGUGGAUAUGCUAAAAUAUGACGGGUGCUACUCCAGUGCCACAGAGCAAGAGCAGGGUUACCCUCUCAUGUCAAAGGCUUUAAAUGCUACGGGCCGGCCCAUUGGCUACUCUUGCAGUUGGCCCGCCUACCAGGGUGGCCUCCCACCAAAGGUAAACUACACUCAGCUGAGUAAUAUCUGCAACCUGUGGCGUAAUUACGGUGACAUCCAAGACUCUUGGGACAGUGUCCUGAAAAUUAUUGACUGGUUCUUUGAACACCAGGAUGUCCUGAUAACUGCGGCAGGACCUGGAAGUUGGAACGACCCUGACAUGCUGAUCAUUGGCAACUUUGGCCUCAGCAUGGAUCAGUCUCGCACUCAGAUGGCUCUGUGGGCAAUUAUGGCUGCUCCUCUUUUCAUGUCCAAUGACCUGCGCACCAUCAGCAGCGGGGCCCGCAGCAUCCUGCAGAACAAGAUGGCCAUCAGCAUCAACCAGGACCCCUUGGGCAUCCAGGGAAGACGUAUUGUUAAGGAGAAGAGUGGCAUUGAAGUGUUCUGGCGCCCCCUAUCAAAAAAUGCCAGUGCACUGGUAUUCUUCAGUCGCCGUAAUGACAUGCCCUACCGCUACCAGACAUCCCUCAAGAAACUCAACUACAUCAUGGGUAGCUACAAGGUCUUUGAUGUCUUCACUGAAAAGACCAUGGUGCUGAAAGACUUCACUGAUUUUGUGGUGUCGGUGAACCCCACGGGUGUGGUCAUGUGGUAUGUCUCUGCACCUGCCAAACUGAGCCUCCAUCAGUUCUAUAAAAAUGGUAAACUCCGGGUGUCGGCCUACGAUGAUGAUGAAAACACUAUUCCUCGUGUCUUCCUCUGACCUCUCACUGGCUGAACGUCCCAGCACCGGCUCUUCACAAAGUGUUUACUUACAAAACCUCACAUCAUGUGCUCAAUGGAUUUUACUGAACCAGUGCCUUUGAAUCUUCCUAAAUUAAAAGCAUACUAUAAUGUCUACUCUGCUAUCUCUUCUAGGUAAUUAAAUCACUGCAAGCUCAGGGACAGACAUUUUGUCACAGCUCUGAAAUUCUUCUCUCAAAUUCUGCACUUGUGGCAUCAUUAUUGAGCACGUUUGGAAAAAAAAGCAAUGAUUUUUGGUUUCACAUGUGAAGUGUUUUUGUACUUCAUAGCUCAUGGAAGCUGAUGGAUUGUACUCUCUCAGCUGAUAUCACAACAUAAAGCAUCAUCACUAUCAGCACUGGCUUAGACGUCUGCACUGCUUUUAUUUAACCUUUUUUUUUUGGAACUCAGUAUAAAGAAAUAGAACAGUCUUAAAAGCAUAAUAUGCAGGAGCUUCCUUGAAACAUAAUGCGUAGACUCAUUAAAACUAAUCCCUCUCAGUCAACACUUGUGACCCUUUAGUCCAUAUCUGCAAAGACUCAGAGGUGUGUUUUUUAUUUUCGUCAUUAUUCCUGUACUUCAACAAUAGAGAAAUCGGGAGAAAUAAAGUUAAAUGUUGAGUCUCAUUCCCAGGAGGUCAAAUACUGAUGUUUUGGGUUGGUGGCGAUUUGAUGACCUGUGAGUGAGACUCAACAAUCAACAGACUCUCUGACAUACAGCAGCUGACAACUGCUGUGUGAUACGCCUUUAAGUUGGCCCAAAAAGCACAAGGAAGGAUGAGAAAGGGUUCUGUUGUGCUUUUUUCCCCUGAAUUUUUAAAUUUAAAUAGUGCUUUGUCAGUUCUUCUUUUCUUUUAAGAUCCAGAUGUUUGCUCAGGAUCAUUAUUAUGAAUGUGUGUUUAAGAAUAUAAGGUUUUUAUAAGAAAUUACUGAGUGAAUGUUUCUUUUUUUGUCUUUGCAUAAAUAAAUAAUUUCAGUUUCACAUUU